UUGUGCGAGGGAAGGGUUUCUCUGCGUGGAGGGAUGCAUCCCGCAGAGCUCCUGGGCGAGGAGCGAGGGCACCGUGGGAGCGGAGCGGGGCGGGUCCGGCCCGGCGGGCGUGGGCCCGGGCGGAAGGCGGACUCUGCUCCUGGGGACCCUGCGUCCCUGUGAGCACAGCGGGGACGGCUGUGCGUAGGAGACUUAGAGUUGGUUGUCCCCGCACUGGCCAGGAGCCACAUGGGGCCAUAGACCGCCCACCAUGGAAAUGUGGAUGGUUCGCGUUGAGAUGUGGCGAAAAGUCGAAGCUCAACACGUACUAGCCAGCGCACCAAGUGACAGGAACCUCUGCCGCUUCCGGGCUCUGGGCUGCCAGACCACCCACUCCAACCAGGAGGUUGUGCAGAACUGCUGGUUAGUCUUCUUUGCCACCAAGCCCCAUGUCCUGCCAGCUGUCCUGGCAGAGGUGGCCCCCGUGGUAACCACUGAGCACAUCUUGGUGUCUGUGGCCGCCGGGAUCUCUCUGAGUACCCUGGAGGAGCUGCUGCCACCGGCCACACGGGUGCUGCGGAUCUCCCCCAACCUGCCCUGCGUGGUUCAAGAGGGCGCUAUGGUGAUGGCCCGCGGCCGCCACACUGGAAACAGCGACGCCGAGCUCCUGCAGACCCUGCUGGAGGCCUGUGGGCAGUGCGAGGAGGUACCUGAGGCCCACGUGGACAUCCACACCGGCCUCAGUGGCAGCGGCGUGGCCUUCACUGGGUGCUUCAUCCAGGGAGAGCGUCAGCUUUGUCAGUCCCCACCCCUCACUGCUGCAGGUGUGUGCCUUCUCCGAGGCCUUGGCCGAAGGUGCCAUCAAGAUGGGCAUGCCCAGUGGCCUGGCCCACCGCAUUGCUGCUCAGACCCUGCUGGGCACAGCCAAGUUGUUGCUGCAGAAGGGGCAGCACCCGGCUCAGCUGCGGACAGACGUGUGCACGCCGGGCGGCACCACCAUCUAUGGGCUCCACGCGCUGGAGCGGGGCGGGCUGCGGGCGGCCACCAUGAGCGCCGUGGAGGCUGCCACCUGCCGGGCCAGGGAGCUGAGCGGGAAGUAGGGAGCGGGCACUGGCCGUGGCCGCCCCCAGGCCCUCCUUCCCUGCCCCUUCCCGGCACUGCAGCUCUCCCUCCAGGCCGGAAUCCCCAGGGCUGCCCCAUCCCUGCGUGAGGAAAUGAGGACAGGACCGGAGGGGUUGGCAGGCGGGGAAUCCCCUCACCUAUAGGAACCGCCCCCGUGGGGCAGAGAACACUGUGGUGGUGGGCCCCCUUCGUGGGUGGCCCGGGUUCUGGGGGCCUGAGCGUUGGGACGUGGUGGGCUGGCUGCGUGAGGCAGGAGCAGAGAAGCUGGGCGGGCCCUUCUGACAGCCGUGUGACCACCGCCAGCUGGGGGGGCGACGCAGAGACUGCACAAAGACUUGCUCUGUGCAGUGAAGCCAGCCACAUCCGUCUCGUCCCCAGGUUGACCUGCCAUUAGGUGGGGCUACCCACAGGGAGCUGGGCCCUGACCCUGCCAGGCCCCAAGAAGAGAACGGGGCUGGGUGUCCUUGCCCUGGCUGAGGAGGAGCUGCACCCAGGUCCUUCC